AAAGAGUAUUCAACACCAAGAAUAAACAGAAUAACCAAUAACCGAAAAUGGGCUCCCAAGGAAAUAAUGGAUUACUUUUCCAAAUCACCAUAAAUAAACUGGCAAAGAUAAUGCUUUUUCUUCCAUUCUUUGGAGCAGCAUUUUGCAUUAUUUGGUCGAUAAUCUUCGACUUUGAAUCUUCAACUUCUACACAUUGCAGGUUCCGCAGCAAGGUCAAGAAUUACCUCCCUUCAAUAAGUUCAGCUAUAGGUGGCUACACACCUCAAAGAUAUGUAUGGAGAAUAUGUAUAGCACUUCACUGUAGUCCACGUUUCUUUAUAACAGCCGGAUACUACACAUUUAACACACAAUUCCAUGUGGGAACGAGGAACAAUAUAUACAAAUUCUUAGCUGGAUUGUGUGCUAUUUUGAACAGUAUAGAAAUUUUAGCUUUAGUUGUGUUGACUAAUAUAUCUUCCAUAGAAAAUUUUAGUAUUCAUGAGAAUUCUUUUAUAACUUUCAUGGUGACUUCUGAAUGUUAUAUGUUAUGUAGCUGUAUAGUAUUUAAAUGGGGGCGUACCAGUAAUAAUAGACAGAUGACUCCAAAAGAAAAAAAAUCCUUUCAUUACAAAAUUGCAUUAUUCCUGUUCAACAUCAGUUGUUUCUUCAUAGCAAUUUACCUUUACCUCCGACAUAAUAGUUACUGUGAAGCUGGCGUUUACAGCCAGUUCGCCUUCAUGGAAUAUCUAGUAGUGUUAUCUAACAUAGCAUAUCAUUGGACAAUGUGCUUAGAUUUUGACGACUAUGUUUUGGGAUUGCGUAAAUGCGCUGAAAGCAUGGAAUUAACUAUCAUCAAAACUGUGUAGCAGUUAGAACAUGUGCAGACUUUUUUUAAUCACUCUAACAAUAGAUGAGCAUUAUUACUUUCAUAGAAUGAAUCAAAUGCCAGAAUGGCCAAAGGAAAUACUCUUUAUAUUUGUUUUUGAUUUUUUUAUGUAAUAUACUUACAGAAGCAAGAGCUAUAGUGAUCAUUGUAUCUUUCAUUCAUUUUCCCAGACAUUGAUGAUAUUUACUUAAGAAUGUACUUAGGUUUCGGAAUGUGUGUCAGAUUUUUCGGACUCCUUCUUUCUCUCCCUAUAAUUCAGGGUAAAAUAUUUACCCCAUAAGACACAUUUUUCUUUUCAUAUUACUUCAUAAACUUAUUAAAAAGAAGCUCCGUAACCUAUCAAUAUUUUAAGCUUACUUUGUUUCUUAACUAAUAUUAAUGUUCUUUCGACCUAUAGUACUGUAUCAGUUUUAAAUUUUUGACUUUGAAAAUUUCACUUAUAUUAGUUAAUAAGUUCAUCCGAAUCAAAUUAGUUAUUCAGACUUAUGAUAUCCCCUCUUACAGAAACUUGGGAUAUAGGGAUCAUUUUUUUUUCAUUUACUUGUUUCUAAUCCACACUUUGUAUCCACAAGUCCUAAACCAGUGGCAUUUUUUCAUUGAAGCAUUUAGAAAAUCUUUAGUAACUAAUGGUAAUAGGUAACUCCUAGUUUAUAUUUUAUGCAAGUUAUUUAAAGGGUUUCUUAUAUCAAUACAAGUACAACAUAUACAAUAUCAUUGCUAAUAGCCUAUAGCAAUUUGGGAGCAGUUGUAUGAAUUUGUAAGCUCCAAAAAAAAAGUUAAAUUUUCCAACGAUUUCACUGCUGUUUUUUUAAUCAAAUGUACAAACUACAGAUGCUCUUCAGACUUCUCAAAAGAUGAAAUGGUUGAUAACUUAUUAUAUUUUAUUUACAAGAUAUAUCUUUAGACUUCUCAAAAGAUGAAAUGGUUGAUAACUUAUUAUAUUUCAUUUACAAGAUAAAUGAAUUACAUUCCAUUGGACAGAAAGGGACCAGUCGCAACUGCCAUAACAAACAUUUAUUGUGAUAAUUAAACUUUUAAAAUCAAUUUUGAGUGCUGAAUAGAAAGUUUUCAUAAUAAAUGACAUGAAUGAGUUGAGAAAUGGAGAAAUUUCAGAAGAAUAGCAAAAAAUUGCAGUGAACAUAUGCUUUAUACAAAAAAUUAACUUCAUUUGUAACACAAAUCAAUAACAAUAAAAAAUGAAGAUAGGACAUCAACUUUAUGUGAAUACUACCGCAUUUAUUGUGUAAAUUACAUAUAUAAUUAUUGAUGUCAUUUUAAUGUUAUGUAAAAACUUGCCUGAUUUAUAUGUAUCUAUGUUAUUGAUUAAAUCUGUGAUAUUUUCUUUAAUAAAAUGUGCAAUUAA